AUGAAAAGGCCUUUCUGCUCCUCCCUGCAGCGCCUGACAGCGCGUCUGCGUUCGUCUCCUUGCUCUUCGUAUUCUCUUGCCUCGCCGGCGGCUUCUCAUUCCUCUCUUCUCUCCUCUGUCUCCUCUCUUUCAUCUGCUCCUCUGUCUCUGUCUUCUUCACCUGCUUUCUCUCCGUCUGUCCUCUCGCCUUCGCCGUCUCCCGUUUCCGCUCUCUGCGUUUCUUCUCGCGCUUCGCGGCGUUUUUCCACGUCUUCCUUCCGCGUUCUUCGCGCGACGCUCCGGCGCUUCGUGCUCCACUUUUCCCCUCCCGCGGCUUCACCGUUUCCUGCGCCGUCCCUCGCCGAGCGGCGGCGGUUUCUCCGCUAUCGCCUCCUCCAGUAUCAGCAGCACGCCAAGCAACAGAAGAUCCCGUGGGCCCUGUUUGAGGGCGACAGCCCUCAAAGAGACAGGAAGCCGAGGACUCACCGAGCGAGGGACCAAGACGAGGCAAAGGCAACGGGAAGGCAGCACGAACCCGACCCGGAAAGCGGGGCGUUCACGGCAAACGGAGCGUCGUUCCCUUCGACAGAAGAAACACCCAAGAGCAAGACCAACGCCCCUCCCGCCUCCUCUGGUUCUUCUUUUGCUUCGUCGCUCUCCGCCUCCUUUUCGUCGUCCUUCGUUAACCCACGGUGGCGAGCUCCCGCUCUCUGGCCUGCGCGGCGCCUGCUGCCGCCUCCACCGCCGCCCCCUGAAUACGUCUUUGCAGAAGACGCGGAGAGGCACGCGGAAGAACAAGACGGAGAUGAACGAGGAGACACAGCAGACGGAGACCGAGAGGGCGAAGAGAAGCGAGCGGCGCUCCCGCUGCGCGUGCAGGCUGUCGGUCACGGAACGUUUCUUCUCCAGUGUGGAGGCAUCAAUGUUCUCACUGAUCCCUUCUUCGCCACCAAGGCCGGACCCUUCGGCCGGCUUGGGUUGCCGCGACUGAGUCAGCCGGGGAUUUCUCUGGACUGUCUCCCUCCGAUCGACGUGGUCCUGCUCUCGUCAGUUCGCUUCGACGCCUACGACUACGCCUCUCUGCGUUUUCUGGCGAAGCGCGAUGGGGCGACCUUCUUCGUGCCGAGUGGCGUGCUGGCGCGUCGCUACCUCUCGCCGCGGGUCUUUGGCAAUGUGUACCCGAUGAACUGGGGCGAUCGCGUGAAGUUCGAUGAGAACUUCCUCGUCUUCUUCUGUCCCGCGAUUCACGCCGGAGUCGGCCGCUACGGCCUCGACUGGGGCGUUCCUGGCUGGGGCAGCUUCGUCGUGCAGUGGUGCGCGAAGGAGCCGCUCGCGCAGACCCUGGCGCCCCGAAGCAAGACCGUCUACUUCGGCGGCCGGUCGGCUUAUAGUCGGAAAAUGCUCGAUCUGAUCCGCGAAGGCGCGCGGAGAGACCGGGAGACGCUCAGCGAAGAGAUGGCGAGAGAGGCCGCUCUUCAGAGAGAGAUGGAGCGAGAGAGAAGGAGACGGAGAGGAGAGGAUAAAGUGACGGGGGAUGAGGACGUGGCGGGGGCGAUUGGAGAGGGGGGAGGGAGAAGUGAAGCAGGGACUGACGGGUUUGUCUUUGACCUUUCGAUUCUCCCUGUGGGCGGGUACGAGCCACGGGAGUACAUGCGACGCUACCAAAUGACGCCAGAAGAAGCUGUCGAUGCUCACCUUCGCCUCCAGUCAAAGUUGUCCUUGCCUUCUCACUUCGACGUCCUUCCUGUCGGGAGUGAGGACUUCCGCGAGGCGCCGUCGCGCCUUAUCGCUGCAUGCGGCACAAAAGGAGUUCCCAUCAGGGGUUUUACCGAGCACUCCGGUUUUGAUUUAGCUUCUAAAGGCCACCGUAAAACCGAUGCAGGGCGCGAAGGAGGUAAAACGGCUGCAGAGAAAGAGGCGGGAGACGAGAACCCGAGUGGAGAAAAGGGGGGGUUUAGGAUCCUCGAACCAGGCGCACACCUUUGGGUUCUGUGA